UGUCUUCCAUACAUAAUCCAGACGUCCAACGUACCUGCAAGAGAAACAGUCAAAAGUCAAAAGAUCCAAAAAAGUGAAUUUUGGCACCUUUUUUUCAUUCUUUUCGUAGAAUUCCCCGUUUUCUUUUUAUAGAAAUGGAAUCCCGACAUUGCACCGUGUGUCUGGCGCCCUGUGCCCUCUGAAUUCGGAAACAAAACCCAGAAGAACCGCCGCUUUUGGCGUUUCCGCCGCAACAAUUCCUCCCUCAGCCACCGCAUGCCGCCCAAAACAAGACAACCAACAACCUAAGACCGCCGUCUGACAGAAAACUUUCAGUUUUAUAUUUUUAAUUUCAAUUUUUUGUGUUUCGUUUAACAAAAAUGAAAACUUUAGAAAAUAGCAUGUAAACCUUCUCUCUUUUCCUUCUUCAUGGAAAUCCAACGCCCACCAAGCCCUAACCCUAAUUCUUACAAUAUAUCUUCCCACCAUGGUUCGUCGCCGGCGCUCCCGCCAUUGCCGGAGGCCUCCACGUCGGCCGGGUUUAUGGGAGGCAGCCACCACCGGCGAUCCCACUCGGACGGAAGCUUCUUUGGGGCGGGCCUGGAGGCGGAGGAGGACCUCGUCGCCGCGUUCCUAGACAUCCAGAAACUCACCAGAAACGACGACAGCGGCUGCGGCGGGGUCUUGAUGGAUCAUGACGGCGGCGGAUCGGAGAAAGGUGUCGGGCUCGGCCAGCGGGGCAGCGGCUUGUUGGAGGGAUUAGGCGACGUGAACGAGGUGAAGAAGGCGAUAUCCACCGAGAAAUUGGCUGAGAUUUGGGCCGUUGAUCCCAAGCGCGUCAAGAGAAUUUUAGCAAAUAGACAGUCUGCAGCACGUUCAAAAGAGAGAAAAGCUCGAUAUAUAUCUGAGCUUGAGCGAAGACUUCAGUCCCUUCAAACAGAAGCAACUAAUCUCUCUGCACAACUCACAAUAUAUCAGAGGGACACAACAGGAUUGAUCACAGAAAAUGCGGAGCUCAAGAUCCGGUUACAAGCCAUGGAGCAACAGGCUCGGUUGUGCGAUGCUCUGAACGAAGCGCUGCAGCAGGAGGUCGAGAGGCUGAAGGUUGCCGCAGGGGACAGGAAAGCCCCCGCCGAAGCCUUCAGCUCAGCAGGGCAGCUUCUGCCAUACAGCCCCUUGACUUCUCCAUCAACCUUGCAAGCCAUGUCCUACAACCCUGCUGCUGCAUGCACUGCCAAUAAGGCCAGCUCCCAUGCUUGCUCAGUUGCCGACCCUCCACAGUUCGCAGCAGGCCGGGCUGCCGCUGCCGUGCCACCGCCCUUGCGCGCCGGCUGCCCCAGAGCAGAAUGAGCCUCUCUGUCGCUUGCAGGGGCUUGACAUCAAUAGCAUUGGAUUACAGAGCCCCCCGGUUGCUGCUGCCACUGAUGCUAGCUCCACAAAACAGUUGCUCACUCCCUGAUCCCUCAACCAACAGAUGCCUCAUCCAAAUGGGUUCAUCCAGAAAGAUAUGCCCCGUGAAGGGUCGAUUCCUAUUUCUAAAGUUCUCGGGGUCUGCUCGAGAAGAAUUUGGGCCACUUCAAGAGUCCUCCCCUACAUCAAAUGCCCUGUGAACGGCCCUUCUGAACUCAAGUCCUCUCUCACAAACAAUAUGGAGGCUUGUUUUUGUUUUGGUAAUUUAUUUGUUAUUCCUUUUCAGAUUUGUAAUUUAUUUGUUAAUAGAGUUACCUUCUAUUAUAACGAGAUUUUUGAAAACAUGCAA